CAGUCAAAUCCUGUUAGAAACACUCGUCAUUCUCCUGCUCUGCAGUGAUUCUCAGUGACCGGAAACUCAACGUCGAUGGACAGGGAUGGCCGGCAAAAAUCUCCAUCACCGUACAAUCCGCCCUCGCUUCUCAAAGACAUAUCGAACUUCAGGACCCCAAAGCGUUCCUCAACGUACACGAAAUUCCAUUCCCCAUGCCCGAAAUUCUUCACCGCGUCCAAGCAAACACCGAAAUCAUCUUCGUUUGCUCGCCGUUCUACACUCGUCUCCUCCUCCGUCUCGGCCCGCUCCAAGGCCGCGAAUGCCCGACGCCUCCGGGAAUUCGAGCAAGAGCAGUUGCAGUCGUCCCGAAGGGCAGAAAUUCAGAAGGAGCAGUCGCUGAAAUCUCUAGAGAAGUCGCUCGCCGUUUGGCUUAACUUCCUCUUCGAGAAUCCUAGAUCUUGCGGAUGUGACUUGUCCGUGAUCAACGGGGAUAGCGGCUAUACCGGCGGCAGCGGUGAUAGUUACAUGGUUGGGACAGGGAAGGGGAAGAGGGAGUGCGCACGUGGGACUAGAGAUUGUGUCGUUGGCAUCGAUGGAGCAUGGCGGAGUCCCAAGAGGUUGAGGGACUCGUGGUGGCAAGUAGAGGAGAAACAGACUGAAAAUGCAGUGUCGUUUCGAGGUUCGAAGUAUUCAAUGUUGAGUGAAUCGCUGAAGGAAGUCUGUAGUUUCGAUGAUUUGAGGCAGCGUAUGCGUAUUUGUUUGAGCUUGGGCUGUUGUAGGGAGAUUUUUGAUGUCAUGGCCCAAGUCAUUAAGAAUAUUGAUGAUGGGAGGAUAAAAAUGAAGCCACAUUGCCCCAUUGUCACCGAUGUCGGGAUGAAGGAGAGGGCUAUUAGAACUCUUAUGUGCUAUAAUCCGACUUGGCUUCGAAUUGCAUUAUACAUUAUUUUCGGUGGUGAUUCUUUGCUGUCUAAUGUGGAUGACAAUUCUGAACAAGAAAGGGCAUUCCUGAAGAUGGUAAUUGAGAAGCAGUUUCUCUCACAUGCGGGUCUUGCAAAAGCUUAUGCUUAUAACAAGAAUGUUGAGGGUUUAUACAGACCGGGAUACUAUGAAUCUCUGGGCAAAAUUAUAUUGAAGAGAGUUUUGUUGCUUGUUCUUAUACUUGAUAGAGCUAAAUCUCUGAGCAGUCUUCCUCUUCAGUAUGGUAUUGAUGGGAAGGAUGGUGGUUCUCCACUUUUAUUUCUGGUGAAAUCUAGUAUUAAAUCGAGUUGUCAAUUGAUUCAUGAGUUCCUACCAACGGAUAUAAUGCAUGGAGAAGGUGAUCUUCUUGCACAUCUGGGGAUUGUAGGCUACGAAGUCCCAUUUCAGCAGUGUCCGCUCAUAGAGUUUGACUUCAGAGUGGUGGAUUUAUUUGUGGACCUUCAAGAUGGGGUACGGCUGUGUAGAGCAAUUCAACUCUUGCAACAUGACCCUUCUAUCCUUAUGAAAGUGGUAGCUCCAUCAGAUUCUCGCAAGAAGAAUUUAGCAAAUUGUGGAGUUGUACUACAGUAUCUCCGGAAAGCCGGUGUUUUGUUACAUGAUGAUGAUGGACUGACAAUUAUGGAAGAUGAUAUUGUUAAUGGAGACAAGGAGCUUACCCUUGCUAUGCUCUGGAAUAUGUUUGUACACUUGCAGUUGCCACUUCUGAUCAACAAAACAAUAAUUCAUGGGGAAAUAUGCAAAUUCAGUGGGUUAGAUGAGGACCACCAGAACAAUAUCAGUUGUGCUCCUUUGGAAAUGCUUUUGAAUUGGAUAAAGGCAAUCAGUGGAAAGUAUGACAUUGGAGUAGAGAACUUUUCGUCAUUGGUUGAUGGAAAGGCCAUUUGGUGCUUACUUGAUUUUUACUUCCGGAGAGAAUAUUUUUGUCCUUGUCUUUGUAAAGAGGAUUCUUGUAAAACAAAAGGUGAACAAUCAGUUGUCUCUACCACUGAUCAUACAGAUGCAGUACAUAAUUUCAUUUUGUCACAAAAAUUAACUGCACUGUUGGGUAACUUUCCUGAGGUUUUGCAAAUUAGCGACUUACUUGAGUAUAAUGGUCCAGUUAGUGAUAGGAGUGUGAUGAUUCUGUUGGCAUUCCUUGCAUCACAACUAACUAUCAAGGAAAAUAUGGAUCGGUUGAAUUUUCACAAGCUCUUGUGUGGUAAUUGUCAAGCCCUAGAGAAGAGGCACUCAAGAAGUGUUUUUGUCAGCUCUAAAGCUGCAAUUGAUAAGGAGGAAAGAAAGGGGCAGGAGAUUGAAGAUGCUGCUAAAAGAUUUAAGGCAAUUCAAGCCUGGUGGCAAGAGAUGACUCAACAGAACUGCAAUUAUCUUAUCACCGCACCUAGUUCUACCCAACAGCAUUUCUUAACCAGAAGAGGCAAUAUUAACAUUCAAAAAGAAAAUGCAGCAACAAUCAUACAGUCUCAUAUUAGGCGCUUUAUUGACCGUCACAAAUUUAUGAAGAUGAUGAAUGCGAUUUCUCUACUGCAAAUUUGUAUCCGGCUUUGGUUGAAAGUGAAGCAGAAAGCUAGAGUUGAGAAGUUUGAUGCCCUCAAAGAUCUGGAGCUCGCAUGUGAAAGGUGGAGAAGUUCAGACACAUUAGUGAGAUAUACCAAGUUCUUUGUUGACAGACAUGAUUUUAUCAAAGUAAGACGAUCAAUACUGCUCAUUCAGAAAGCUACAAGGAUUUGGUUAGCUCGAAGGUACAGGGAGCAGAAAAGGAUAAAUCACGAUGCAUCUACUCCUGAUCAAAUGAAUAAUAACAUUGCUAUUCCGGAAAAUAAUCAUGGUUGGAAAGUAAGAACAAGCUGUGACAAUCGGAACAGUCAGAUGGUGAAAGCUUCAGCUUUGCUCAAAGAAAAGGGUCUGAGAGAUCUUGAAGUAGAAGCAGCAGUUAAAAUUCAGCUUUCUUGGAAGAAAUUUACUUUUUACAAAGUCCAUAAUCAAAACCUUUCUGCGACAAAAAUUCAAAGUUAUUUUCGUGGUUGGUUGGUAAGGAAGAGAUUUUUGAAUCAGAAGCUAGCAAUUACAAGAAUCCAAAGUGAUUAUAGAUGCCUAAGAUGCUUGAGGACUUUCCAGCAAUAUAAAUCUCAAGUUAGGUCAGCCAUCCUUAUUCAAUCUCAUGUGCGGGGAUGGUUUGCACGCAAAGAAGCUCAGAGAUAUAAGUAUUUUAUUAUUGUAAUCCAAAGAUAUUAUCGUGGUUGGGUAGCAAAAAAAGAUUUUUUGUUACGGCGGGAGGCUGCAAAAAGAAUCCAAAGUACCUUCCGAUGGCUGGAAUAUAAGAAGUCAUUUCAUCACCACAAACAUGCAGCUAUUGAAAUUCAACGGUUCAUCCGGGGGCAGAUUGCUCGAAAAAGGCUCUUAGGGCCGUCAUGUAAAUUUGCAGCCAUUACCAAUUACAAGUUUCAUAUUUCUGGAAGCCCUUGCCAGGAUCUUGAGAUGAAAAUAGUGGUGUGUUCUGUUCUAAAACUGCAAAGGUGGUGGAAGAAUGUUAUGUCACUUAAAUCAAGAAGUGCAGCAAUUAUCAUUCAGAGACAUAUUCGAGGGUGGAUUGCUAAACAAAAGGCUUCUAGAAAAAUGCAUUCAAUCAUCCUGAUACAAUCAUAUUGGAGAGGUUACAUUGUACGGAAAGAGUCAAGAGAGGAGCUACUGGAUUUGCGUUUAAGAAUGCAGAAAUCUGCCACAAAUGUGGAUGAUAGUAAGCGCAUUAUCAACAAGCUUUUAUUGGCAGUUACAGAACUACGGAACAUGAAAAGUGUGAGGGGCAUUCUUCAUACUUGUGCAACUUUAGAUAAUGCGACAAGACUUUCUCAGAAAUGUUGCGAGGAACUUGUGGCUGCUGGGGCAAUUGAUAUCUUACUGACUCUUAUCCACUCUGUCAGUCGAAGCAUUCCUGAUCAGGAAGUUCUAAAGCAUGCCCUUUCAACUAUCAGAAACCUUGUUCGUUACCCACAUUUGACUGAAGUGCUAAUUAACAGUCAAGAAUCAGUGGAAACCAUUACUUGGGAGUUGCUCAGGAACAAGGAGGAAGGUUAUUUCAUUGCUUCUGAGAUUCUCAAGAAGAUGUGUUCCAACGCUGAAGGCAUUGAAGCAGUGCACAGGUUUCCUGCCCUUGUGAAAAGGUUACACAAUCUGGUUGAAGAACUUUCGAGGAAGACAACCAUUGACAAGAGGAACACCAGGGUUCUGGCUGCUAGAGGGAACGCGGGGAGAAGAUUGAAAGAGGCUGUUGAAGUUUUGAAACUGAUUACCGAUUACAAAAGGCUAAGUUCACUUUCAAAUUCUGUGUGCGGUGAUAGAAGAAAUCUAAAAGUGAUUAGGUCCUGAAAUGUUUGGAAAAUUUAGAACUUAAACACACGAUCUUUAUGCAUUGUGCACCAUUUGUGCACCUGUGUUGAAAGGUUAGCGAAGUUAUUUGUUGUGAUAUUUUGUAAAUUCGAUUGGUUCUUGGUCGAUAUUAACUUUAGAAUA